AUGGCUCCGGUGACCAAACAUGGCAAUGGGGCUGUGGAGGCCUGUGCUGGUGAGAAACCGGAUGUGAGCGUGGAGAGAGAGGUGGCGGACAUUCUUCAAGAUGAUCGACUUCAUGCGAAGGAGGAUCGUAGCUCAUCGCGUCGAGGACGGCGACGUGCGCUGCUCAUAGGCAUACGGUAUGAGCAGGACGAGCAGUGGGACACCCUGGACAAGACCCACGAAGAUGUCGAUACAUUCCGACGUUUACUCCUCGACGUCUACGGAUAUCGUGCCGAGGACAUGAUUGUCAUGAAGGACGAUGUCAAGGCUUCCUCGGAGCUGGUGCCGACGCAAGUGAAUAUCAGGCGCAAAUUACGAUGGCUUGUAAGCGGUGCUCGAUCAGAUGACCGCUUCAUUCUUUUAUUCGCUGGUCAUUCUACUCAACAGGAUGCGCGAGAUGACCUAGAGGAGGACGGGCAGGACGAAGUUAUGAUCACAAGUGACGGGGAGAGGAUUGUAGAUAAUGAAUUGAAGAAAACUCUUGUCGACCCUCUACCACCAGGUUGCAGCUUGACCAGUAGGCGCAAGACUAGAACAAUGUAUGAAUCGAUAACGCGUCGCAUGGCAGCUCUAAUAGGGAAGAAUCAUAGCGCCUCAAGCUCCGGCUCUGUACACUCAAGAGCAUCUUCCCAUGUCACGGCGCAGACGCGACUCAGCAUAGACACUCAAGUUUUCAUAUCUUCCGCUCUUCCGACCGCACUGGAGAAGGCACCAUCUUGCUCAGAUGGUCUUUUCUCCCUUCCGCAGAGCCCUUCAUCUACUGCUGAUAGAUGGACAUCUACAUCCGACAAUUGGCCCUUCAUGGCCGAAGAUCCCUACGCGGACAUCGAAAAGAAACACACCUCUUCGUCCAAGAGGGGUUCCGUCAAUUCUUAUCUGGGAUGCAACGGUUGGGUACUCGACACUGCUCGCGUCGCCGCUUGUGUCGUCCCCAACGCAAUGCGAGAGCCCCCAGUCGCGAUUCCCAUGCUCGGGCUGGUGCGAGCCGUCCACCGUGCCCUGCGCAAACAUCGUCUCACUUUCCGCGUGCGCAGACAAGCAGCUAGCAUGGGAUGGUCCGAAUGGGUCUAUGACGCAGGCGCUCUGCCAGUAUCUCACUACAAUAUGCAUAAACUCUCGCGGGCACUGCACGAGUGGACGCGUAACGCGAAGAAAGAGGCGAGACAGGAUGUCAAUGGGGAGAUGAAUGUAUUUCAGACUCCUGUCCUAAGCAGCUUGGUCAAAUUGAACAUGGACGACAUACUAUCACUUUAACAAUGCGGGACUCUAACCUCUACUACCCCUACCAUUCACUUACCUCGAACCUUUAUCUACACCUCAAUCACCUCAACACGACCCUCAUGACCUUGAUUAUUUAUAAUUCUAGAAUCGCAUUUUAUCAUUAUUACUUCCUGCUCACGAUUGCCACCUCUGUCUCAGUCAUAGCUUUCCCCUUACUGUGCAUUUGUAUUACUAUGGGACGAUACAGCCAUCCUAUACCUAACCGUGCCACUACUUCAUUCAUGACCC